AGUACAUAAAAUUGUUUUUGCUUUGUAGAAGUUAUUGUAUUUCCAUGGUUCAAGUCUGUUACAAGCAGAAGAACAGAAAUAAAAAUGACAAGACUAGCAAAAUAAAAAUAUAGAAAAAGUGUAAUACAACACCGCUGAUGAUAGUUUAAUUAUAAAGUGAUAACAAUUUUUAUACAAAAGUGAAGAAGAUCUGAAAAUAAAAAAACAUUAGAAUUGUUUUACGUCUUCAACUUUGUAGAUAUAAAAAAAACUUCCCCCGGCAUAAUUAUUAUCUAGAAAAAAAAAAACAAUUUAUCAUUUCUCCACUUAGUUUUUGCCUCAUCACGAGAAAAUGAUUGUGUAGUAACAAUAAAUUGUUCUUUUUGUCAAAUUGUUAUUAAUUAAUUUAUUACAUUUUACUGUGUGGAAGCAAAGUUGUGAAAAACAAUUAAAUUAUAAUUUUUUGAAAAUAAAAAUUUUCCAAUUUGAUACAAAGCAGACGUAGAAGAGAUUACAAGGGAAAAGGCAUGGCUGACGAGGAAGUUACCUCCCAACAAAGAAAUCAUCCCCCUACAAUGUCAUCAAACGAAAAGGUAUCCAACCUUCUUACAUCUUGGGGCUUACCAGAACUUGCAUCAAAAUUCAAAUUUCACGAAAUCGAAUAUCGAGCUCUACUGUGUCUCACUGAAAAGGACAUCUGUGAACUCAUACCAAAGAUUGGGCGUCGAGCAAUUUUUCGUUCAAGUCUUUUAGAAUGGCGUCGAAAAAAUUCACACCACAGUAAUAGACGAAGUGACAUUCAAAUACUACCCUCAUCAACACUUCGCAUUGCUUCAACCAGAGCUGCUACACCAACACCAUCAAAUAUUGAAGAAAUUUCAAAUACAAAUAUAACAGUUCCAUUGACACCUGCAGACACUGUUAUAAAAAGUGAACAAAUACAUUCGGAUUAUGAAUCUGAAGAAAUCAGUGAAAAUAUGCAAAAUCACAAUGACGAUAUGAAUGAUGAUUUUGACGAAAUGCAAACAGAAGAAGAUUUAGAUGAUGUGGAAUCAUUAGAUAGACCAUCGAAUGAAAUACCAGAAAGAAAGGAAAAGAAAUAUUGUGUUCUUCUUCCACUGCCAACAAAGAAAACUAGCAGUAAUUGUCAUGUUAGCGUGAGUGAAAUUCUUUCCAACUCACCUGAAGGACGGCAAAUUAUUGCAUACUACGAAGUUAAUGGUGGAUUCGAUUAUUGUCAUCGUAGAAGACUUGUUUCGGUGAUAAUAAAUGAAGUUGUCCGGAAGAACAGGUGGUUGGUCCAGGAUGACUUUGCAAAGAUAUCACGGGAUAUCAUUCAAUUGUUCCCAAGGGAGGAUAUAACAACAUACUACACAGCAAGAAAUGGUCUUAAAAAUCCAAAAGGUUGUCUUUACAAUAAGUUUUUGAACUUAACACGAAAAUUACGACAAGAAGGUAUUUUGCAGUAUCGUAAUAAUGUUCAAUUGAUACCUGAACGUGUUUCAGCAAGGCAUUUGGGAGAGGUUAAGUCCUAUAAGAUGGACUAUUAAAAAAAAAUUAUUUUUUGAUUUCACAGCUAUGGAUUAUUAUUUUUGUUUACUUGCUUAUUAUUUAUAUUUUAAAGACAGAAAUUCAAGUCUAUCCAUUUGUAGAGUUUAACAAAAAAAAAAAAAAACUGACA